CCACGCCCCACCAUUCACGAAUGGAAGAAACGUCAUAGUAUCCGAGUUCACAAAAUGCCCGGAGAACAUAUGAGCAAUGAUGAGUUCUUCGCAAAACUCACCAACCUUUUCGAACUCAACCGCAAGAAAGGACAUGGCUCCGUCUACCUCACCCAGAAGCGCAUGACCAUACCCCCUGACACCGACGGUUCUUCUCCAGCCAAAGUCCUAGACGACCCAUUAUGGGACACGCACCCCGAGAAUCCCCUUCCAAUCAUAGUUCGAGCGAAUAACAACAAGUCGUCAAAGCAACCGGGUACAGACAGAGAAGACGUUAACAAGAUCAAAAUCUCGACGCUUGUACAGCCGGAUCAACUAGAUGCCUUCUAUGUGCGCUAUGCAGAGGUAUGCAAGGCCGGGAUGAGUGGACUGAAGAAGCGGGACAAGAAGAAGAAGAAGAAAGAGAAGAAGAAGAAGAAGGGUGGGGAGGGCGAGGCCAAAGGCUGAAAAUGCUGGGGAAUUGGUGUCGACAGAUUGAUUAUUCGGACAGGAUGGAUCGGUAUCACCGUGCAAUUCUAAAUCAUGCACACUUCGAUUGCGGCAACCGCCCAACGGGCCACUUUGUGUACGGUAUAUCCGUGGACCACAGCAUUGCUCCAGGGGCAUACGUCCAAUAUGCCCCCAUUGCAGGUAGUUGGGGACGCUGAGACGCCAAUCUCGAUCAAUCGAG